GGAGAAAGCGCUCAGUGAAUGAGGGGGGGGGCGGGGGAGUUGCCUGCUGCCUGCUGCCUUCACGGAUGUGGCCCUGCGCUCACAACAAGGAGGAGGUGCGGGUCUCUGUCUCCGGUGUUUGCAUCUGUUCGGAGGACAGGAGCGCGAGGAGGCUGCUUUUGGACGCGAAAGUGCAAUCAUGUCACGAGCGCACAGAGAGCGUGCAACGGGAGCAUCCGAAUAAUCCAUACAGGCGAUAAACCGACUCUACAGGAAUAAAGCAAUGGGUGGCCAGAUAACGCGAAAUGCCUUUUACGACUCCCUCGGUGGCCCAUUCCCGUCCACGUCACACCGAUGCCACCACAAACCCAAGAGGUGCCUGCCUAUACAGUAUGGCAGCGCUGGUGGACCCCUUCCCCUCAGCCCACUUCUCUUUCAUCCUAAUGCCAAGGGAUCCCAAAUCGUCAUGGACCUCACCCAGAAGACGGUUAAGAGGCAGGCCAGUUUCUGCAACGCCAUCACCUUCAGCAACAGGCCCAUAGUGCUGUAUGAGCAAGUCCGCCUCAAGAUUACUAAAAAGCAGUGUUGCUGGAGCGGGGCUCUACGUCUUGGCUUCUGCGCCAAAGACCCCUCAAGGAUAAACCCAGACAACCUGCCCAAAUACGCCUGCCCUGAUCUGGUGGCCCAGAGUGGCUUCUGGGCCAAGGCCCUGCCUGAAGAGUUUGCCAAUGAGGGCAGCGUUAUCGCCUUCUGGGUUGACAAGAAGGGCCGAGUUUUCUACCGCAUUAAUGAGUCCAGUCCCAUGCUGUUCUUCAGUGGAGUCCGCACAGCUGAGCCUCUCUGGGCCCUCAUUGAUGUUUACGGCCUGACCCGCGGAGUGCAGUUGCUAGACAGUGAGAUUGUUCCUCCUGACUGCCUACGCCCACGCUCCUUCACCACGGUGCGCUCGUCCUCUCUCCGCCGAGAAGCAGACGACUCCCGCCUGUCCGUCAGCCUGUGUGACCUCAACCUUCAGCAGGAGGACGGACGCAACGCCCACAAUCACUCCCACCGUCACACCCUCCACCUGGCCUCAGCCUCCACAUCCUCCACCUGCCCCAUACCCCAGAACUCCCUCAACUCCCAGCAGUCCUCUCUGCUGCCGUCCGCCCUGGAGAGCGACCUCCACUUCCACCAGCUGCGUGGCGCCCACAUUAAGACGCUGGACGAGCAGACGGUGGCGCGAUCCGAGCACGCACGAGAGGAGCGCACCCUCGUCUUCACCAACCGGCCCCUGCGCACCGGAGAAACCGUCUUCAUCAAAGUCACCAAGUCCAGCCCUGCACGUUCGGGGUCUUUGUCCUACGGCGUGACUUCCUGCGACCCGGCGGUGCUGCGGCCCAGCGACUUGCCCUACAACCCCGAGGCUCUGGUGGACAGGAAGGAGUUCUGGGCGGUAUGUCGGGUGCCCACGCCCCUCCAAAGCAGUGACAUCCUGGGCUUCUUGGUCAACCAGGAAGGGGAGGUCAUCCUCAGCCACAACGGCACCAAUGUGGGCAUGCAGGUGUGUGUGGACAACUCCCGCCCACUCUGGAUGUUCUUUGGUCUCCAUGGGGCUGUGACUCAGCUGAGGAUUCUGGGAUCCACUCAUGUGGGGGAUCCUCGAGCCACGUCGAACCCCAGCUCGCCCCCCUCCUCCCCCCCACACCCCCCCAGCGCCCUGGGCAGCGGCAGCUCUGAUCCGGUGCUGAGCGGAGGCCUGAAUGGAGUCCUGAGCUUGGCCGCGUACUGCAGCUCAGCAGGGGGAACAACCCCAAACUCACCAGUGAGCCUCCUCAAGUCACCGAUAUUCCCAUCAGGCCGUGGGCCGUGGUCCGAUGAGUGCUCCAUCUGUUACGAGAACACGGUGGACACGGUUAUCUACGCCUGUGGGCACAUGUGUCUGUGCUACAGCUGCGGCAUCAAACUCAAGAAGAUGUCCAACGCCUGCUGUCCCAUCUGCAGGAGGCAGAUCAAAGACAUUAUCAAGACCUACCGGAGCACGUAGGACACACCGGCUGACAGUCUGCAGACGGACGGCUGACAGUGGGCCGGCCUCUUGGAAUCAAACAGCAAAAUCAGGGGAAGACAUUUCUAAGUUCAGGGAAAAAUAACUCUGGUACUUACAUUUGGUAUUUUCAUGCAAUUGGUUUACUCCCAUUACCUUUUCCGAGGGGGUUCUGCCUGGCUGGGAGGGUCUCUGGAAGGUUCCACUGAGAACUUGAUAGAAGUGUUUGCCCUCUCCUUGGCUCUGAAGACUUUUACGGAGAGGGAAAAAGUGAAACAAUUCCAAAAUGAUUUCAUUUGAUGAGCCAUGUUGUGAGAUUUAGGGACUGUCACCCAUCUGCACCAAAGCUAACGAGUUACUUCAGGGCCGAAUGUCUCAAUAAUAGUCUUCUUAGAGGUGUCUCUGACCGACAGGUAAUCAUCUCAGAAUGUCACAACUUGUGUCUGUGUGUUACUGAGCAUCGGAGAGGAUUAGUAAGCCUGGCAUCGUGAUUAUAAAGUGAUGGGUUUCUGUAAUUGUCGUGGUGAUUAUCAGUAGGUGAUGUGCUUAGAGAUGAAAGGCAGUGCUGAGCAAAUUAAGUAGGAUUGUAACACCUCUUGUACUCGUAUAAUCUAAUGUACCUUUAUGGUAGUGCUAUUGCAAAUGUCGGUGGUAGCUAUGUUGUUGUGCUAGCUGUGAUAGCGGCUUGCUCUGCAAUGUGGUAUGUUGCACUGAAAUCAGCCUCUCAGAAAUGCCCCGCUAUAGACGGAGAGGAUAAAGACAUUCAAUCUACAAACCUACAUCCAGGAGACUCAGCAGCUCCGACUCUUUAAAAGGAAACAGGAAGUGGAAACAAGGUGGAAAAUAAAUUUGGAUUCUCCUCAGGGCCAGAUAUAUUUUUUAAGAAGAUGUGGACUAUUUCCCAAACUUCACCUACAACCAUGCCUGAUACACUGUGAGCGUUAAUGACGAAUUAACAGGUCCUUUAGCUCCCAUAACAACACAUGAAGUCAAAGGAUUGUUGCCAUGGUAUCAGCAGCCACCACAGAUACAACACAGCCUCCUGCCUUAAUAAACCAGAGAAGGUUCAUUUGUUAGCGGCAGAUGUAUCAUAUUCUGUGAUUGCUGCCGUUUUACAAAACCCUCGAAACGUUACCAAAUAAUGUUCGGCACAAACUGUCAUAAAACUCAGAGGAACAUAAAAGCACACACAUUUAGAAAUAUUUUUGUAAUAUACUUUCCAAUACUUCAUAUUAACGUUUAAUACUCUUUGUGACAGGCCUUUCACCAGCAGCAUAGAACCUUUAUAUAAAUCAGUUCAGGGGCAGAGUUUAAAAAAAGAAAUUGAAUAUUUUAAAUAUGUAUAUGAUUCCAAACCCCCGAAUAUCAGUAAAAAUAUGUUGAUACACACCCCAAAAAGGUAAAAUACAGCAUUUCAGCAGUAAGCCAUAGCUUAUUACAGGACACCACUGGAGCUAUGAGGCUGUUUUUAAUGACAUUUGUAGAUAUUCAACAAAUGGGGCUCAAACCUUUGCUGCUAUGGUGUUUGCCAGCUGUCCCUUCUGGACUGACGGUGAUGUUUCACACGUCCCGCCUCCCACAUACAGUUUGAUUACGCUACUGCUUGAAGUGUUAAUUCACAAUUGAAUGUUAACUUAUGUAUUUAGAGAGAUAAAUAUGCUUGUGCUUGAAUUGAAAAAAACAAACAAAGAAAACAAGUUUUGUCUGUUUUUCUUUUAAAGUUUUCUUUUUGAUUGAUAAUCAUGAUUCUAAUAUUCUGUUCAUCCUAAACAUUUAGAAUAUAAAUAUAUUCUUGUUUUCUUAUUGUGACAAUAUAGAGAGUUUCUUGUACUGUGCAGCAAUAAGAUAAAUUGCAGUACACAAUCAGACGAUCAUUGCUAUGGGGUGCAAGAUAUAAAAGCUCUUGAAUUUAGUUAUUUUUUGUAAUGUUAUCCCCUUUCUGUAUUUAUAUCUCUUAUUAUUAUAUGUUCUGAAAGCCAUCACUGUAUGGCGAAGAUAAAUGUCACUUUAUAAAGCUACUGAUUGUAAUCUUGUAAAUGUUUAGGCCAGCGUUGCUCUCCCAGACUCAACCAUGGCAUGUUUUACUUUACACACUCAGACCAAAUGUAAUAAUUCAUUUUUAUUAUAUACAUUAUACAAAUUUUGCAAAAUCUGAAUUAAUUUAGGACUUUUAAUAAGUGAUAUCAAUUCUUUACAAAACACAAAUUCAAAGUGAAAUUAUUUGGCUAAAGAUUUUCCUCAGUACAUAAUUAAAUACAUGCCUUUUAAUGAAAGGUAUUAUUAUUUCAUAUAAUUGUUUUGCAUCCAGGAUAUACCACAUGCUCCUUGAAUGUUAUUGAUCCUGUAUUAUACUAUUUAUUUGUCCAUGUGUGGACUUAUUCCUCCAUAUUUGCUUCUCCUGUGUGUUUGCUUUCUUUACAUUGCCACCACAAGGAGAUGAAUCCUCCGUCAGCGCAGUCAGAGAUCCUUUCUGUAGACCUUAGAACUUUGUGUCAUGCAUGAGUAAUCUGUGUGGACAUCGGGACCAACAGUAGACGAGCAUCAGAGCGGGAACGCUUAGUUAGUGUUCAUGUAGACUGUGGCAGCAAAUACUAUAUAUAUUGUAUACUGUAUAUGGCCAUUGUUGUGACACAGCAAAACUUUAUUUUCUUUAUUUUUCAUUAGAAACAACAAGUGUUUGUUUGUGAACUCUCUUCAGUGCGAGUCGGAUGAUUGUGGUUAAUAAACUUUCCAAAUGUGAUAUAAAA